AUGGCGGCGCCCACCGCUCCGUUGGACGACGGCUGGCCUAAUACGUGUGCAGAUCGGUCGCUGAAAGGAGCCGUGCCCGCCGCCGCAGAGAAGCUUCUCCUAAACGUUCUCGACGGUGGGGAUGACGAUGAUGAUGAAGAUGAUGGGGUACCUCGGGAUCGACCCAGAGGAACCGUCGCUCCAGCGCCCGCCGAGAACCUGAUGGGAGAUUUCGAAAGGACUUUGUCUUUGUGCUUUGGGGUAUGGAGUCCCACGGCGGCCAACAGCGAAGCUCUAACGAUGAUCACCGAGGACACGCUACUACAGACGGAUGAGAUCUGGAAUGCUUUAACCAAAAGCAAUGGGCAGAUGACGGAGAUGGAUUGGAAGCAUUCAAGAGCACGCUCCCUACUCAGGCCUGCAUUCAACCCGGAGGAGAACAUGAGUCAGUCGAAGGAGGUCGCUGCGGAUGUGUCUGAAGUCGAGGAGCUGCGGGAACAGCUGGACAUGCACUCCAUCAUCGUCUCAUGUCUCGGCGAGGAACCGCUCUUCACAGCUGAGCAGGUGAUUGAAGAGAUUGAGGAGAUGAUGCAGGACUCGUCUGACUUUGAAGCACAGCACAAUCCUUCACAGGCUGACCUGUCCAUGCUCUCUGUGGAUGUUCAGCGUCCCACAAGAAGUCCCAGCUACGAAGAACGAUUGCACAAAUUAAACGUGGUGGAGCUGAACGAGCAUCUAGAGGAGGCAGAUGGCGCUGUCAAGCGGCUCUCAGAAGAGCUGGUGCAGCACCUAGCUCUCAGGGAUGAGCUGGGCUUUGAGAAGGAGGUGAAGAACACGUUCAUCUCGGCGCUCAUCGAUGUGCAAAACCGACAGAAGGAGCACCGCGAGGCACUAAAGAAGAAAAAAAAGCUUAAAGCGGCGGCGAUGUCGCAGAGCCAAGCGGAGAAGUCACUUGGAUCUCGUUUCAGCAUGGAAGGGCUCUCCUCUGUGAUCCAAAACGGUUUUCGACAAACAUUCGGGACUGGAUGCAGUGAAAAACAGUAUUUGACCACCAUCAUACCCUAUGAGAAAAAAGGAAUCCCUCCUUCCAUUGAGGACCUCCAGAUCCUGAUCAAAAUCUUGCAUGCGAUGAGAGACGACAGCGAUAAGGUCCCAGCACUCCUAACAGAUUACAUUCUCAAAGAUAGUAUCCAGAGGCUAUACGCUAAGCGCAAAGAGGGAGGCCGAGGGUUGGUGAGGAAGUCCUACCGAUGGUUAGAGAGGACUGGACUGAAAGACGGCCCAGAGGCACUCAUCAUGAAAGCACAGGAGCAGGCCUUGACCACAAUAAUAGAGGCCCAGAUAUACCACAGCAGGCAGGAAACAGUCCAGCACAUUACAGCAGGGUGCAAGAUACUGGCAGAAUAA